UCCGGACUGAAGCGACGGCCGGUGCUAGCGAGAGACCGCAAUAUACAGCGACACAGAAAAGAUAACAAUCAUCGUUUUUAUUCAUCAAGCUGUAUUGGUUGCCUGUGCCGUUUUUAAAUGGGAUGUUGUGAGUCUGACUGAAGCGGCGGAAGAAUAAGGAGAGCUGAUCCUGAUUCCCGAGAGUCUUUUCACACUGUCAGAGCAGGAAUCUGGGAGUGGGACAAAGAAAUGGAACAGGAAGUUGCCCAAUCAGCCAGCACGCUUGACUAAAAACAUCAGAGAGGCGCAUCAUUUACACCACACAAAACAUUAGCAAAGAGGCUAAUAAGACCUUUAAAAGAGGAGAAACCCCAUCACGUACGGAGAAGCGUAAAGAGCAAUACAGAGAUGAAGUUGAAGGAGGAUAUGUCUCCUCUGAUUCUGCAGGUCUUUCGAUCGGUGGUCUGGGUUUAUUCAGUCAUCACGUUCAUACCUUGGUAUCUGCUCUCGGGAGCCAGCGAGAGCCAGGCCCGAGCCAAACGGAUCAAAGCGCGUUCAGUUAGCGGGAAACCCGCAGGGCCGUACCGGGCGGUGAACAGCUCGCAGCGUCUGGUGUCCCUGCUGCACGAGGGUGUGGACACGUUGGAUAAAGUGUUUGAAUACGCCGUAGUACAUUUCCCUAAAAGAGACUGUCUCGGCACCAGAGAGCUACUGAAUGAGGAGGAUGAAAUUCAGCCUAAUGGCAAAGUCUUCAAGAAGGUGAUUUUGGGAGAUUAUAACUGGUUGUCGUACGAGGACACUUUCUAUCAGUCUCAGAGGUUUGGCAGCGGCCUCGCCGCGCUGGGUCAGAAACCCCUGUGUAACAUCGCCAUUUUCUGCGAGACACGGGCGGAAUGGAUCAUAGCCGCUCAGGCCUGCUUCAUGUACAACUUCCCAUUGGUGACUCUGUAUUCUACACUGGGAGGAGCAUCUAUAGCUCAUGGUCUGAAUGAAACUGAGGUCACUCACAUCAUAACAAGCAAAGACCUGCUGCAGGGCCGCCUCAGGGCCAUUCUGAUGGACGUUCCCAGACUGAGGCACAUUAUAGUGGUUGAUAAGAAGCCCAGCCGCUGGCCUGAUAUGCCCCGUGGCAUCAUGGUCCACAGCAUGUCUGCCGUGCAGGAACUGGGAUCCAAACCUGAGAACCUUACGAUCUCCCGCAGGCAUCCUCAGCCGUCUGAUAACGCAGUGAUCAUGUACACCAGCGGUUCUACAGGCAUUCCUAAAGGAGUCAUGAUAUCCCAUAGCAACAUCAUCGCGGGCAUCACCGGCAUGGCUGAGCGCAUCCCUAACCUGGAUGAGAAUGACACUUAUAUUGGCUACCUGCCGCUCGCUCAUGUCCUGGAGCUCAGCGCUGAGCUGGUGUGUGUGUCGCACGGCUGUCGCAUUGGGUACUCAUCACCUCAGACUCUUUCUGACCAGUCAUCCAAAAUUAAAAAAGGCAGUAAAGGAGACACCAGCAUACUCCGACCAACCCUGAUGGCAGCCGUGCCGGAAAUUAUGGACCGCAUCUACAAGAACGUCAUGACUAAAGUUGAGGAGAUGAGCAGCGUGCAAAAAACACUCUUCGUACUGGCGUACAACUACAAAUUGGAACAGAUCUCCAAAGGAUACAGCACGCCGCUGUGUGACAGGCUGGUGUUCAACAAAGUCCGCUCGUUGUUGGGCGGUCACAUGCGUGUGUUGCUGUCUGGUGGAGCUCCUCUGUCCGCAGCCACUCAACGGUUCAUGAACAUCUGUUUCUGUUGUCCUGUGGGUCAGGGCUAUGGCCUCACCGAGACCUGCGGAGCCGGGACUAUCUGCGAGGUGUGGGAUUACAACACUGGACGGGUUGGAGCUCCACUGGUUUGCUCAGAGAUCACUCUCAAAGACUGGGAGGAAGGCGGCUAUUACAGCACAGACAAACCAAACCCACGAGGAGAGAUUCUGAUCGGCGGGCCCAAUGUCACCAUGGGUUACUAUAAGAACGAGCAGAAGAACCGAGAGGAUUUCUUCGUGGAUGAGAAUGGCCAGCGAUGGUUCUGCACUGGAGACAUUGGGGAGUUUCACCCAGACGGCUGCCUCAAGAUUAUCGAUCGUAAGAAGGACCUGGUGAAGUUGCAGGCUGGUGAAUAUGUGUCUCUCGGGAAAGUGGAGGCCAUCCUGAAAAACUGCCCCCUCAUCGACAAUAUCUGUGCUUACGCCAACAGUGAAGAAUCUUAUGUGAUUGGCUUCGUGGUGCCCAAUCAGAAGCAGUUAACCGCCCUUGCUGAGCAGAGAGGCAUCCGAGGAUCAUGGGAAGAGAUCUGUAACCAUGAAGAGAUGGAGAAAGAGGUUCUGGGUAUUAUCACUGAAGCGGCUAUUACAGGUAAGCUGGAGCGCUUCGAAAUACCAAAGAAAAUCUGUCUGAGCGCCGAACCCUGGACUCCUGAAACAGGCCUGGUUACCGACGCUUUCAAACUCAAACGCAAGGAGCUGAAAACGCACUAUCAGGACGAUAUCGAGAGAAUGUACGGGGGAAAGUAAAUGAGACGGGGGUCUGCCAGCGGGGUGAUGGGGAAGAGAUGAGGGGUUCACACCGAACCACAAUUCCUAUAUAUACGCAGAAAACACCCCCAAUCCUCAGCCUUCCUGCUCGCUGUGAUACUCUGCGAUCAAAAACACACUUGAAUUUUUGUUAAAAUAUGAUUUGACCUAAACAUAAACAGAUUGACAACAUACGUCACCUGCUGGAGCAGGUAUUAAGAAAUGGAAAUCUGACUUUUAUUCAAUUCUAUGGAUCAGUUAUUGUUACGAAGAUGAGCUACAAGAAUGACACAAGAUUCAACCUACAGACUGUAAACUUUUGGACUGCUUUUCCUUCGUUCCGUCUGGUUCAGUUGGAUAGACGUGCUCCGCCCUGCCCUUACAUGAGCUCCAUCCUUUAGCACAAGCGGUCACACUGAAUAUGUAUUGUCAGUCUAUGCAGGAAAACUUUUUGCAUAUUGGUCAUCCGUGUUGUUUUUUUGUUUCUUUUAUUUAGACGUUGCUUUAUUCAAGGAUUGCAUUUGAAACAUCGUUGUGUGGGCUUGGAAGAUCUAAAUGUGUAUGAGAUGCUUCUUAUCGUAUUUCAAUGUUACAUUUUCAUGAAAUGGUCAUUUUGAUUAUUAUUUUUUUAUUACAUGGAACCUCGGCAUCUUUUGUUUACCAACAUUCAAAACGCGGUUAUAAUAAUAGUAAUAUAAUAAUAGUUGUGACGUAUGAUGUAAUUCAGGUGCUGGUGCACAUUUAUCACUGUGUACAAAUAGCUGCAGACCUUUUUCCAGUCCAGAACGGAAGUGAACGUUUUCUCAUCCACAUACUGUAGAUUUCUGAUCUUCCGUAUAACUCCAUACAUGCAGCAGAUAUUCCUUUGAACUCCAUUUGUUUGAAUUUGUAAUGCUUUUUAAAAACUGUCAUGUGCUCUUAUGAUGUCAGCCAUUGUGUUGCAUGGAGGUUUUCCAAGGGACUCAAGUGUGCCGUAGUUUGGCUACCCUAUUAGUUUCCUAACUAGUCAUUUUAUGGGUUGUUUACGCAUUAUAUUGUGAUAUUGUCAUUGUAGGAACCAGAUCUAUGAAUUUGAAUGUGCAAUAUAAAUGUAUUCUGAAACAUGUCAAAUGAAACUCACAGUAAGCACGAAUGUCUCCGACCCUCUUUGCUGUAACGGAGGAGACGUGUUUAUUCUGCUUCAUGCUGUGCAGAUCUCUUGUCUUACACGGUUAUGAUUUUGACAACUUCGUAUUUGACUUUGCAUGAUUCAGGCGAUAUAAAACAAACAAACAAGCUUAAACUACAAACAUUGUAUUGCGGACAUUGACGAAUGUGGGAUUUGCAAAUACGAGCAAAUGUUGUCUAAAUCUGUACAUUUAUUUGUUAUUAUUUUUAUGGAAAUGUACUGUAACCGUCUGUAUUCAGCUCUUAACAUUGUUAAGGCUAGUAGGUCAACAUGUUUGGAUUUUGUUUCUUGUUUUCUUGAUUCGUUUAGACUUCUUAAAUUCCCGACAUAUGACACUCUUUACAGAAAUCUUUUUGUUUCGUUUUUUUUCAUAAAGGAACUGAGAGCAAAUGAUGUUUCAGAAUUCAUGGAGGAUGUCGAUUGCCUAUUUUUACACAGUGGAAAUUAAAAGUGGUGUAUAGGAAUUUGUACUUUUGAUAAUUUAUUUCUGUGUUUUACAUCGGGGAGUGUCUCAUUCCGUCUGACCAUGCUGCUGUACACUCCGCUUACCUUGAUUAUGCUUGAAUAAGUCCUGCAAUGUCAUUGGUUCCUGCCACGAGCAUCUGACCAAUCAGACUGUUAGUCCAGAGAGAUCUCCAUCAUCUACUUUGGUCUGAUGCAUUGGCCGGUCUGGCAUUGCUGUAUUAACAAUGUAGCGUCAAACAGGCUUCAGCUUGUUAGAUUUAGAUUCCACCAAACUGUUUAAAUGUAUCUUAAAAAUGAGACUUUAGGAUUGUGUUGGAGAAACACAAAAACGAUAUUUCGUGGACGUAAUCUUUCCGCUUUUAUUAUCCACUUUGUAAAUAUGUCUGAAACACGAACUUUGAUGCAUAAAUCCAUUUAGCAGAUGUACAGAUGUAACGCUUCUUCUGAAUAUGUUUAGUCUUUGUUAUUGAGCAGGUUUGGGAUGUGUUUAUGGGUAAAGUUCUUCUCUUAUGACACUGGGGUUAAGCAAGAAAGUCCUAUUUAUUUGCAAUUUGGCCUUGAAAUUAUGUUACACAGAUUAAAUGUUUUGUGACUUCUGA